AUGAUUUACAACGAGCCCCAAGGCAGCCACGUUAGCCUGUAUCCCGGUAAUUUGCCCGAUGCUCUACAAAUGAUUAAUGUAACAGCCUUGAGUGUGGAUGAAUGCCAGAGCCUAUUUAGUGGGAUUAAUCCUGUAUUUGAUUCCCAAAUUUGCUCUCUUACAAAAGCGGGAGAAGGAGCGUGUCACGGUGAUUCUGGAGGUCCUCGGGUUGAGGAUGAUCGAGUCGUGGGCAUCGUCUCCUGGGGCAUGCCAUGUGCCAGGGGAUACCCUGAUGUCUACACUAGGGUUUACUCUUUCCUUGAAUGGAUACAAGCCAAUAUAAAUGAUGAAGAAAAUGAGAAGUCAAAGACAAAAUAA